ACGAGAAGAGAAUUCAACAGAUCGGGGCAAGAUGUCGGAGGGAAUGAGGCUGAAGGGAUGGGCGCUGUCCGCGAAAGCUUUGGCGGGGAGCCGACUCCUUCGGAGAAGAAGUGCGAGCGACAGAGGAUGGUGCGAGAGGAGGUGGCGGAGGGAACCCUCCGCAUGAAGAGGAUGAGAGGAAAAUCGGAGGCGAUGAUGGGCGGGGAUGGAGGUGACGUCGGAGAACGUGCCUCGGGAAAGAGGUCGUCGAAGGAAGAGGGUGAGACGGCAAAUAAGAAAGCGAGGAGGCCCGGCGGUUUGACCAUCCGCGAAGGACGAGCCAUGGGUGGAGGAGAUUCGGCUAAUCCAGGCGCUGCAGCCGCGAGAGAUCCUUCGGGAAAAUCAAAACGGAAAGUGGAAGUUGAAGAAGGCGAUGGCGAGAAGAAACCUCGAAGGUGGAAGACUGCUGAGGCGGCGAGCGGUGGCGAAGGGCCUGUCAGUGAGGAGUGCGACGAAGCGGAAUACGAGCGGAAUGGUGGCGUUGAAAUCGUGGAGAAGGAGCUCCCCGUCCAACUGCUCAUCGACCCCAGGAAGGUCUGCGACAUCCCGCCUUGGGAAAGAUAUUACAACCACCGCAGUCUAAGUCGCGAAACUGUGGACGACAUCAAGGAUGCUGAGUCAAUUCCGCGAGAAAAAGGGGAAGAUCUGAACGAAAAACCCCCUGGGUUUGGCACCCAUCUACAAGCCCCUGACGCGUAGGCCGGACAAAGCUGACAGGGUUCACAAAGAUAUCUUCAAGCCAGAGGACAAGGACAAGUACUACUAUUACACUGUUAACGGACAACA